AUUUUACGAUAUCCACAAGCACGCGGAGCAUCAAUGUGUCCGUUCCCUGGCGACCCGUGCGUUUUGGUUUAGAACCGUGUGAGGAGGAGAAGUGCGGGGAGACAGGAGCGUUAGCUGAAUUUGUGAUUUUCGUUCAAUUUCUUUGCAAAAGCGUACAAAAUGCCUUCAAAUCAAAAUCGACAAGGUGGGAAAACGUUUGGAUUACUAAAAGCCCAACAAAGGGAUAAACUGGAAGAAAUCAACAAGGAGUACCUUGAGGACCAAAAGUACAGUGAUGAGGAAGACCUGGCCGAGAAGCUGGAUUCCUUUAAAAGCAAAUACGCAGAAUUUGAUCUCAAUGACCAGGGAGAGAUUGACAUGAUGGGGCUCAAAAGGAUGAUGGAGAAGCUGGGAGUGCCAAAGACUCACCUGGAGAUGAAGAAGAUGAUCUCAGAGGUGACAGGGGGCAGCAGUGACACCAUCAACUACAGAGACUUUGUCAAGAUGAUGCUGGGAAAGCGCUCAGCUGUUCUAAAGCUGGUGAUGAUCUUCGAGGACAAGGCUAACGGGGGCAGCUGUAAGCCAGAUGGUCCCCCGCCCAAGAGGGACAUUGCCAGCCUGCCGUAGAUGAAGACCAGUGCCAGGGAUUCGGGGACCAGGGAUCACCCCAAAGCCCACAGUUCCAGCAGGAGUCUUCAGUCUUUCAGGAGUGUAUAGCCUUAUUGCGAGUCAGGCUUUCAGACUCGAGGAGAACUGUUGUGCGAAAGGUUCUUUCUCCAUUCAAAGGUGUGGCAAAGCAUAUAUAUUUACUGUGAAGAAGUAAUGCAAAGUAGCUUUUAUAUGACAAGACAAAUGUAUAUAUUUAUAUUAAGGAUGAUGAAAUUAAUAUUUUUGAUGACCAUUCUCCAGCUUGCAGUAAACCCCUGUUUUUUUUAUUAAAAAGCUGCACAGUGACAUUGUGGGAAGAUAAGAAAACUGAGUCUGAGUGAGUGUAGAUUAACACUACUGGUGGAGUUUGCUGGUGAAAAAGGGGUUUGAUGUCCACAAUGUGUAAUUCUCAGCACUUGUGUAUAUGUAAUCCUGCAUUCUACUUGAGGCAUGAGGCUUAUGCUCCACUGACAUGCGUAUCGCUGGUUUCCGAAGGGGAACGCACAUUAUGGAGCAGCUUAAAGGAGUGGUGGGCUUUGCACAGCCUCAGUAAGGGAAAUCCAGCAGGCUAGGGACCCGCUCAUUGACAGCUUUCUGCACUGCGUGGGAUUUCCACUACGGGAUUCAAAUCCUUCUCCGCUUAUUCAACUUAUUUUUGGCCAGUCUGUCUGCUCUCCAUAAUGCAGAAAGUGCCAAGAGAAUACUGGUGGACAUACAAAUGAAAUGGUCUUUAUGUCACCUCAGAGUUAUGUGCUGUAGGGUUGGCAGGCUUGAAAAGCGCAGUGUAGAAAUAGUGUUAAUUGCUUCACACAAAGCACAUUUUUAACACCCCACACUUUGGUCUUGGUCACAGUUGUGGGCCAGAAUCGGGUGCGAUUAAGGUUCAUUCGUUUUCCUUUGCUGGGUGACCUAAAUGCAUUAGCAUGUGCUCACCUUAGAAAGAGUUGUCUCAUGCCAAGGUCAGACACUCUUUAAGUGGCAAGUAUGGGGGUUAUACUGAUAUAAUGUUUGAACCCAUGUUGUAGCCACAGUUUUUUGAUAGUGCAGCAAAGUCUCAAUUUUAGUUUACAGAUGGAUUAUUCUGAUUGGAUUAGGAUGACAUUAUACCUCAGCAUUGUGUUUCUAGUCCUCAAGUAUCAUGUGAAAAAAGGUGUUACAGCUAAAGUGCCUAACUGAAGAUGGAGCUCAUUUAGUUAUGGAGAAUGGAUAGUGAAACAAGUGGGAACACUAAUUACUUUCAAAAUGACCAUCUGGUUUGUUUUGUGAGAGGGGAUUCAAAAUCAGUUUGUCCUAUCUGUUUAAAAGUAAGUGUUGGGUGUGAUUAGAACAUUCCACCGAUAGUUUGACAUAGCAGUUCCAUCUGUACAGCCACAAUGUAAAUCCCACACAUUGCAGUACCCCACCCUUCCAAAGCGUUCCUAUCUCUAUAGCUCAGUUGUCUUUGUCAUCACCCAAAUGUGUCAAAACUGACUCACUGCUCUGUUCAUGGAGAUACUUAUUCAUCUGUAUAGAGAUUUAUUUUACUUUGUGCCUCUUUUUUCUCACUUGUAUUAAACCCAGAACAGUAACUGCAGUGCUUUGUAAUUUAUUAGCGAGGUAUUUUUAAUUUAAUGAUAGUUUGAUUUUAUUUUAGUAAUUAGUAUUAAAUUAACUUGUUUAGUACCAGGUCUAUUACCCUGUAAGAUGCGUAUGUUUUGCAAAACACCAAAGGAAAUAAAGUUCUUACUGUAACAGUCAAACUUG